AUGUCUGGCAAUCAGAUCAUUGGGAAUCGGAACAGCACGCCUGAGGCGUCAAGCUCCCUUCGGCCCCCUACGUCUCGAAACCUUGGCACCGGCCAUCACCUACGAGCUUCUGCUGACAUGGGAGCAUUCUCCUCUUCUCCGUUAUCAGGAAGGAGCAUCAGACCUGCUUCUGAAAUGAUCUACAACCAGUCACAGCAGUAUGACGCUGCGGACAAAGCUGCCGAACAGUGGAUAGCUGAAAUUGAUCAAUGUGAGACUACUCUGGAAGAAAUGGCGGGUGCUACAACAGAUCAAGAUUUUAAAGAUGAACUAACAGCGAUUGAGCAAUGGUUCCGAGUUUUGAGUGAAGCCGAAAGGACCGCGUCCUUGUAUUCACUCCUCCAACAGGCCACCAAGGUACAGAUUCUAUUCUUUAUUCAGACAUUGGAAGAAAUGCUUCGGAAGCAUCCUAUGCCGGGCAUACUUUCUCCCGCAAAGGUUGGAGACCAGGACAACAUGUCAAAUCGGAUGAGCGAUGCUAUGGGCAAGGAAGGCUCUCGACACUCUCUCGGUCGACCUUUGCCGUCGCCCGGUAACAAAAGAAAUUCGGGACUGGAUCCAUCUACGAUCACUGCUAUGUUUCCAGACGCGGCCGCAGCUAUCGCCAAGAAAAAAGCCGAGUAUACUCAGCAUACGGGAAAUGCACCAACCUCAAAUCGCAACAGUGCCGCGUUUGGGGAGCGCUCAUCCUUAGUCGCGCCAUCCAUAUCAGAGCCUACAGACAACGCAAAAGAAAACAUUAUGCAGCCUAAUCCCACACCAUGGGGCCAGCGGGCUGCCGAGAAUCGUCCCAAGUCGUCCUCAGGGCAACAACCCAUGGGUCAAUUCAGUCAGCCGCCUGCAUCCGCCGGAUUACGUUCUCCACAUCAAAUGCAACUAUCAGGCCAUAGCAAUGUCCAGACUACAAGCGUUCAUGCCCCAGAGAACGCCGGCGAUCUACCCAUGCUUUCACCAUACAACAUCGGAAAUGCAAGUUGGGCUUCCAUGUCUAACACGCCGAUGGCGCCCAAUUUCAACACCCAGCAGGCCGCGACACAAGCAGACAUGGUAGCAAACGCGACAGCUAUGAAGCUUGCUGCCCUAUCGACGGUCAACAACCGCAUAGCGUUGGACGAUGUUCGUAAAUAUCGUCGUACGAGGUCAAAUGAUGGCGAAAACAGUGCGAGCCAGAUGCCUAUGUCUCCCGCCUUGCCUCAGAAUGUGCUGGUCGUGAACGAAAGCGGACAGUUACUGAACUCGCAGCCAUUGAACGCGCAACAGCUUGCCGCAAUCCAGGCGCAACAACAAGCUGCUUUUGCGGCCCAACGUUCUAGACCCGAUUCUCCAGGUAUUGCCAUGCACGGCGGUGGCUUCGGCAACAUGACUUUCGCCUCGCCGCAAAAUAAUGGCUAUCUGGCAGCUUACGACGCUUCAGCCGGGCUGAGCGGCGGUAUGGGUGCUCUAAAUUUAGGUCAGUUCGGUAUGGGACUUGGCAAUAGUCAUGAGGGAUAUCUCUCUGAUCAUUCGGAAAUGGCCAGAGGCAGAUCUCCGAGGGGCAGAAGGGGGAGCUCAAAGCCACCAGAGGAUCCAACUGAUCCGAGUUUACUGCAAGAUAUCCCCAGUUGGUUAAGAAGCUUGAGGCUUCAUAAGUAUACCGACAAUUUGAAAGAUUACAAGUGGACUGAUCUAGUAGAAUUGGAUGAUAAAGGCUUGGAGGAUCGCGGUGUCAAUGCGUUAGGCGCAAGGAGGAAAAUGCUAAAGGUUUUCGAGCAAGUCAAGGAGGCAAAAGCUGAGGGCAAGCUGUGA